GGCAAAGGGGAUAGGUGUCUCCAGCUGCUGUGGCCGUUUGGGGCGGGUCGGCUUCUUCCGCUUCGCAGGACCAGGCGGAGAAUUAGCGGGCGGCAGCGAUGUUCUGCAAGGUGAGAAGCCGGCUGGCAAUCUGGCGGGGGGCUACCCUUUUGUUCCUCUUCUGCCACCUGGGUUACGUUUGUGGGCAGAUCCGCUACCCGGUCCCAGAGGAGUCACAGGAAGGGACUUUUGUAGGGAAUGUCGCCCAAGAUUUCCUGCUGGAUACAGAGAGUCUGUCGGCGCGCAGGCUGCAGGUCGCCGGACAGGUGAACCAAAGACACUUCCGUGUGGAUUUGGACAGUGGAGCCCUGCUCAUCAAGAAUCCAAUCGAUCGAGAGGCACUGUGCGGGCUCAGUGCCAGCUGCAUCGUGCCCCUGGAGUUCGUCACCGAAGGGCCUCUGGAAAUGUACCGAGCCGAGGUGGAGAUCGUCGAUGUGAACGAUCACGCCCCCCGCUUCCCGCGGCAGCAGCUGGACUUGGAAAUCGGGGAGGCCGCCCCUCCAGGACAGCGUUUCCCCUUGGAGAAGGCUCAGGAUGCAGAUGUGGGGAGCAAUUCCAUCAGCAGCUACAGGCUGAGCUCCAACGAGCACUUCGCGCUGGAUGUCAAGAAGCGGAGCGACGGCAGCCUGGUCCCGGAGCUGCUGCUGGAGAAGCCGCUGGAUCGCGAGAAGCAGUCGGACUACCGCCUGGUGCUGACGGCUGUGGACGGAGGGAAUCCCCCGAGAUCCGGCACUGCGGAGCUCCGGGUGUCGGUGCUGGACGUCAACGACAACGCCCCGGCUUUCCAACAAUCCAGCUACAGGAUCAGCGUGCCGGAGAGCGCGCCCGCGGGCAUGGUGCUCAUCCAGCUCAAUGCCUCCGACCCGGACCUGGGUCCCAGCGGGAACGUCACCUUCUCCUUCAGUGGCCACACCCCUGAUCGCGUGAGAAACCUCUUCAGCCUGCACCCCACUACCGGAAAGCUUACCCUGCAGGGGCCCCUGGACUUCGAGAGCGAGAAUUACUACGAAUUUGAUGUGCGCGCCCGCGAUGGGGGCUCCCCAGCCAUGGAGCAGCACUGCAGCCUCCGGGUGGAUCUCCUGGACGUCAAUGACAACGCCCCCCACAUCACGGUGACCUCGGAGCUUGGGACUCUCCCCGAGAGCGCCGAGCCUGGCACCGUGGUGGCACUCAUCAGCGUGCAGGACCCUGACUCAGGGUCCAACGGGGACGUCAGCCUCCGUAUCCCUGACCACCUGCCUUUUGCCCUCAAGUCUGCCUUCAGGAACCAGUUCUCCCUGGUGACGGCAGGGCCCUUGGACCGAGAGGCCAAAUCCAGCUAUGACAUCAUGGUCACGGCCUCUGACGCCGGGAGCCCUCCUCUGAGUGCCCACAGGACUGUCUUCCUGAAUAUUUCAGACGUGAAUGAUAAUCCGCCUUCUUUCUUCCAGAGGUCACAGGAGGUGUUUGUCCCCGAGAACAAUCGCCCCGGGGACCUGCUUUGCUCCCUUGCAGCCUCUGACCCGGACUCUGGCUUGAAUGCGCUCAUCUCCUACUCUCUCCUGGAGCCCAGAAAUCGCGACGUGUCAGCUUCCUCCUUCAUUUCUCUGAACCCCCAGACAGGAGCCGUCCAUGCCACCCGGUCCUUUGACUAUGAGCAAACCCAGACACUGCAGUUUGAGGUGCAGGCCCGGGACCGGGGCACCCCACCCCUCAGCAGCACUGUGACGGUGCGCCUAUUUGUGCUGGACCUCAAUGACAACGCCCCAGCUGUGCUGCGCCCUCGGGCCCGGCCUGGCUCCUUAUGUCCCCAAGCACUGCCUCCAUCAGUGGGUGCCGGCCACCUCGUCACGAAGGUGACCGCUGUGGACUUGGACUCGGGCUACAAUGCUUGGGUUUCCUAUCAGCUCCUGGAGGCCCCCGACCCCAGCCUGUUUGCAGUCUCCCGCUACGCUGGGGAGGUGCGGACGGCAGUCCCCAUUCCGGCUGAUCUCCCACCACAGAAGCUGGUCAUCGUGGUGAAGGACAGCGGCAGCCCGCCGCUUUCUACCUCUGUGACUCUCCUGGUGUCCUUAGAAGAAGACACUCACCCAGUCGUCCCUGAUCUUCGAGAGUCUUCGGCGCCCAGGGAAGGAGAAUCCCGGCUGACCCUCUACUUGGCUGUCUCCCUAGUGGCAAUUUGCUUUGUCUCCUUUGGCUCCUUCGUGGCUCUCCUCUCUAAGUGUUUGCGUGGGGCUGCCUGUGGAGUGACCUGCUUUCCUGCUGGCACCUGUGCCUGUCUCAGCAGAUCCCGGAGGAGGGAGGGGCUUCCUCCUUCCAAUGGGAUCCUCCGAAUCCAGCUAGGGUCAGAUGAUCCUAUCAAGUUUGUUGAUGUGGGAGGCCACUCUCACGGCUGCACACCCCUGGCUUCUGCACCCACUCGGAGCGAUAGCUUCAUGAUGGUGAAGUCACCCAGUGCGCCUGUGGCCGGGGAGCCUGUUCGCCCCAGCUGCCCGCCCUCUGAUCUUCUCUAUGGGCUGGAGGUGAGAUCUUGCAGGCUCAGUCGAUGCUUGAGGGGUGUUGGGAUCCAGGCCUGUGUCUGGGUCAGUCGUGCCGCUGAGAGCCUUGGCCUCCCUGAAAUAGCCCACAGGGAUGUCCCUGCCAUUGUGAGUGCUAACCAUGUGGUAGAUGCUGUGCUUCAGACAUCUUUUGUGAGUUAACCAGGGAGCUGUCACAGACCCGCCGUCGGGGAUGGGCUACGCCUACCUCUGAGAGUAAGAAAUGGAAGUGAUUGGUUGGUGGUCAAGAGGCAGGCUCUGGGAACAUGUGCACAGAAUCUGAGAUCCUGGGAGGCUGAAGUACACAAAGGUGGGGUGCACAAGGCAAGCCCCUAUAUCCAGAGCGGUGUUCUGGACUCUUCUGGAAUAGGGGCAGGGUCCAGUUCCCAGGGGAUCUUAACUGCAGGUCACCAUUUCACAAUGGAUUGAGGGGAGCUAAAAACCUUUGCCCCACAUUAUCUAGUACUCCCUAGCCCACUAUGAUGGGAACUCUAUUUGACCCAUAGAAGAGUGAGAAAAAAAAAGUGGGGGUGGGCAGGCAGAGCCAAGGGAAUAAAGAGGCACAGAUCAAAGUGGUAGCUGGGAUCUUUUGGGCCAGGUCUUUAGGAAGCCCAAUCAGGUCCCUGCUGGGACUUGAACUAGAUGCAGGAGACUGGAAGCAGGGGGCACUGUCUGCUUGGGGGACAAAGCUGCCAGUGAAAUCAGUGUCAGAAAACUGGUGUACAGUUGAGGAAUUCAAAGAGACAACCAACCACUCUCACCUUAGCAGCGCUGAGCGGGGCAGGGGAUGGAGGGGAACACUUGGGCUCUGCCUCUCCCCAGAGGAAAAAAUGCCGUUGGUUCGGGAAACCUUUGAAGUCCUGCGGGAAGUUGCUGGGACAGAGCCCUGAGGACCAUGUACCACUUUGCCUCCCCUGUUGAGUGCCAUCUGAGCUGUCAAACUUCGCUGCCAAGGGGGCCGAAUGAACCUGCCGCACGAAGGGAGUGGGGCUGUGGGAGGCUUGUGUGACACACGUUGGCAGCGGCUGUUCCCAAGCUUUCCGGGACUGAGGAGACUU